AUGUCAGAAGAUUCAACACCUAUGGAUAUCGACAAUACCCCUCAAUUGUCCCCUGAGGAGAUUAAGAACCAGGCCAACGAGCAAUACAAGCAAGGCCAUUACGAGGAAGCUGUCAAGUUGUACUCUCAAGCCAUUGAGGCAUCUCCUCAAACAUCCACCUACUACAACAACCGUGCUGCUGCUUUGAUGAUGCAGAAAAAGUACAAGGAUGCUGCUAAUGAUUGUCGCACUGCCACAGAGUUGGAUCCUCAGAAUGUCAAGGCAUUCCUGCGUGGCGGUAAAUGCCACUUGAAUAUGGGCAACUUGGAGGAAGCUGGCCGUCAGUACAACCGUGCCAUGCAAAUUGAUGCCAACAGCGCUCAACGGGAUUACAACAAUCUGCAACAUGUACUCAAUUAUAUGGCUCAAGUAACCACAUUCAUGGCAAAUAACCAAUGGGGUCUUGCUCGCAACAGUCUUGACCGUGCUAUCUCUUUUGUCGAUUCAGAUGUGAUUCCUGUCAAAUGGCGAGUGAUGCAGGCUGAAUGUGCUUUGGGAGAAAAGAACUAUUCAGAAGCGAGCCGUAUUGUCAACUCUCUUGUUCGCUUGAACAGUCAAAAUCCAGAUGCAUUGUUCCUCAGAGCUCGCGUAUUUUACAGUCAAGGAGAGAACCAAAAGACAGUUGCACAUUGUCAAGAAGCACUUCGUUGCGAUCCUGACUUCAUCAAAGCUCGUUCUCUACUGAAAAUGGCCCGUGCCAUUGAGAAGCAAAAGGAAGAGGGUAACAAUGCCUUCAAAGCCAAUCAAUUAGAAGAAGCAUACGAUGCAUACACUGCUGCCUUGGAUAUCGAUCCCACCAACGAUCAUAUGAAUUCUCGCCUCUACUCUAAUCGUGCUGCAGUUUUACAGAAGCAAAAGAAAUUCGAGGAAGCUCUCUUGGAUUGUGACAAAGCUAUUGAAUUAGAUGAAGAGUUUUACAAGGCUUACAGUAGACGUGCUGGUUGUUAUAUGGAAACUGAGCAAUACGAAGAAGCUGUCAGAGACUACAAAAAGUUAACAGAAGUCGAUGCAUCCAACAGAGAAUACCAUAAUUUAUUGCGCAAGGCAGAACUCGAGUUGAAGAAAUCACUUCGCAAAGAUUACUACAAGAUUUUGGGCUUAUCAAAGACUGCAAGUGAAACAGAAAUCAAAAAGGCUUACCGUAAACUGGCACUUCAAUACCACCCUGAUAAGAAUGCUGGUGACGACAAGGCAGAGGCUCGAUUCAAGGAAGUGGGAGAAGCUUACGCCAUUUUGAGUGAUCCUGAAAAGAAGGCCAGAUUUGACUCAGGUGCUGAUUUAGAUGGUGGUAUGGGCAUGGGCGGAGGAGGCUUCCCUGGUGGAGGUAUGGAUGUAAAUGAGAUCUUUGCCCAAAUGUUUGCUCAACAAGGUGGUGGUGGAUUUGGUGGAGGAUUCCCAGGUGGAGGAUUCGGUGGAGGUGGAAGACGUCAACAGCAACAAGGUGGCUACAGCUUCCAUUUCGGAUAA